CGUUUCAAAAAGCAGCAAAAACAUUUAUUGUGAACCUGGAAAACAAAACAUUACAAUUUUCGUAGUUUUCUUUCUUAGGCACUUACAGACAUUCUGAGUAACUUCCUUUUUUGUGGGGCUUUUACGACGUGACUUGGAGUGAUUUUCAGUGGCUGUAUCCGUUGAAAUGGUCCGGACUCCGCACACUGCCCGUAGUGAAACGUUAGAAAUUUUGCUUGUAUGAGUUGUAUCCGAGGUGUAAGCACUAAGCACCGAACCGACUAUGUGCUGCAGAACAUUUCUUCCGUUAUUGCGGAUUGUUUAUGAGUCCGCUUCUUCCCGGGAUACGCAAUGCGUUCGUCUUUCUUUGUGUACUUCGCUGCCUCGCAGAACAUAUGCAUCAGCCGUGCGCCUAGCCGAAGUUGGGAAGUUCGAAGAACCUAAGGAGCAGAACCUGAAAUACCCCACGGGACAGUUGUUCUUACAUCGGAUAUUUGGAUACAGAGGUGUGGUAUUAUUCCCGUGGCUGGCCAGAGUUUUCGACAGGGAUCUCGCAGGAAGGAAAGAAGGCAUCAAGAUCGAUCCUGCUCAGAACGAAGGCGCUGCCUUCAACAAUAUCGGGACGGGUCGUGAUGUGAAGGGCCGAGCUGUGCCAUAUUAUCAAGUUUUGAUUGACGCGCGGGAUUGCCCGCACAUUCGAGCUCAGUCGGAGACGGUGACGUUUCUUGGACAUCAGGAAAGCAGUAGAUCUCUGUACUCUAUUCCUGGAUACCCUUCCCCGCUGUCGAUCCCUGUGCGUCGCCUGCACGCUACUCCGCAGACCCGCUCCGCCGGGCAGCACCGUGAGCGCGUGGCUGUUGCAGGCGUUUGGAAGCCACGCACUUUCUCGAAGCCCCUCUUCAGUUAUAACGCAGCCAACCGACUUUAUUGGAUUCCUGACGAAAUAUAUAACAUUUCGGGCCUGCAUAUCGACAACCUGGAUGAUCUUCCAGAGACAGAGGGAAUGUUUGUUAACGAUACAGACACAUUUCAAGCCGUCGUUGACCGGAUCCUUAGCUGGCCAAAAAGGAAAAUUCUCUUGGCUGAUUCCCCGGGAGUCGGCAAAUCGUCCGCCGCUCUCAUCACUGCGCUAAAAAUGAUUCCGGAUUGUGAUGUCAGCUGGUUCCACUUUCCUAUCAGUGAUGACGUAUGUGGAUUCAAAUUUAAAAAGGGUCAACCGAAGCAGACUGAAAUCGUCUCUGUCCCAAAGAAAGAUUUUAAUUCGUUUCUCCGAUGUCAGAACUGGGCGGACGCGCAGCUUCUCAUCGUUGAUGGAUUAACGGACAAAGAGCAGGAUCUCAGCUCGAUAAUGAAUUAUUUGGGAAAUUUUGUUCGCCGGAGCGUCCGUAGCCGAUGCAUUGUCGCUUCCUCACUAGCGGCUUCAAAGGUUUUCACUCGUGCUAAAUUUUACCAUGUCCCAGUUUGUGCGCCGGAUUUGGAUGAUUACAACACUGCUAUUACGAAGUCGGAUUUUUUGGCUUCCGUUUGGAAUACAUUAGCCGAUGACUAUCACUGCCCCGCUGGAGACGGUGGUAUGCAGCGCAUACAUGAAUAUUACAAAGAGAUAUUUGACGAGGAGAAAUUUCCGCUGAGUGAAAUGAGCAAAGAUGGACGACUAAUAAUGAGUGAAUCUAAUGCGCGGCGUUUGGUAGCCAAGAAAUGGCGAUUUGCUGGCCAUUCCUGGCGCUACAUGUUUUAUACCACAGUGGAUAAUAUCAAAGCGGACAUAAUGGAUGCUAUAGAUGCCAUCGGCCCGAUGGAAGAGCUGUACCAAUACUUAAUACAUGGACGUGGGCCGAAAAAUGACGAUACCAAGAACCGGUUGGUUUUCAAAUGCAGCGCCGGACAAACACUGGUGAGUCCAUAUGCCGCUGAAAUGCUGGUACUCUGCAGUGAGCGAUCGCCGGCCGUACUUCAGCGUUUGCAGCCAUUUCUGGCUCAUCUGUUUGGGAGAGGAACCGAGGGGAAGUGUUUCGAACUGAAAUUUUUUCAACGAUUCAGAGUAAAAAACUCUUACUCAGAGACGGGAACGGAAAGCCUGUGCUGAAGGAUGAUUUAGAAGGACAGCUGUUCGAGGCAGACUGCGCGAUGUUUG